CUGGCAGCGUCGCCAACUCGGGCGCGGGCUUUAAUCCGGUUAGUGAGGAUUAGCGCGGCAAUUUAAAGGCCGGAACUGCGCGGGGAAGAGGUGCCCAGCUCUCCAGAGAGGAAGCGGCCGCCGUGAGCAGCCGGGACAGCACCUGUAGACGAUGCCAGCUAUCAACAUCGAGGACCUGAGCGAGAAGGACAAAAUGAAAAUGGAAGUAGAGCAACUCCGGAAAGAAGUGAAGCUGGAGAGGCAGCCGGUGUCCAAGUGCUCCGAAGAGAUCAAGAACUAUAUCGAGGAGCGGUCGGGUGAGGAUCCGCUAGUGAAGGGGGUUCCCGAGGACAAGAACCCCUUCAAGGAGAAAGGGGGUUGUGUCAUCGCUUAGGAAAACAAACCCAGCACCUGCCACCGGAGCAGACACUCUCAUCGUACCCGUAGGGAGUCACUAGUGUGUCCCCACCGCCGCCGGUCCUUGUUGAAAGAGCACAGGAGCGGAUUGGUUUUUAUUUUUUUUUCCUUAAAAAAAUAAAUAAACCAAGCAGAAAGUAGCUGAGACCCGCGUCGGUCGCUGGGCAGAGGCAGUUGUUAGCCGCUCCCCGGCAUGGCUGACUCCUUUCGCUCCGCAGAGCUGCUUUUGCCAUCCGUCUAUUCAUCGCUUCCUGGCUGUUUGCUGUCAUUAAAGAAAUCCUGCCUGUAA